AUGGCUUCUCCAAGGUUAUUGGGCACAAAAGUGGCCGCGAUAACGGGAGGAUUGACAGGCAUAGGACGUGCCAUUGCUGUUGAGUAUAUCAGACAGGGAGCCUAUGUGGCUGUUAACCAUCUCGGGCUGGACAAUGAGCAGGAACUGAUAUUAGCGCUGAAGCAAGAGAUCGCGGAUAUUCUUGCUUCUGAGGGUGACAAGGUCUCAGUAGAUCAAAGGCUCAUCACUGUGGCAGGAGAUGUUUCCUUGCCGGAGACGGGGACCGAUUUCAUCAGAGAAACAGUAUCUGCGUUUGGCCGGUUGGAUAUAUUUGUCAGUAAUGCCGGAAUAUGCGAAUUCAAAGAAUUCCUAGAAAUAUCGCCUGCGCUCUUUGACAGAACUGCGUCCGUCAACCUGAGCGGUGCAUUCUACGUCACCCAAGCAGCUGCUCGGCAAAUGGCACUAUCCCAGUCUCCGCCAGGAGGGUCAAUAAUAGGAGUUUCAUCCAUCUCUGCUCUUGUUGGCGGUGGCCUUCAAGCUCAUUAUACCCCUACUAAAGCCGGGAUAUUGUCUUUAAUGCAAUCUUCCGCCGUAUCUCUUGGGAAAUACGGCAUCAGAUGCAACGCCUUGCUGCCCGGAACAAUACGGACUGGAUUAAAUGAAGAGGACUUGAAAGAUGACGGGAAGAGAGCGUACAUGGAAGGUAGAGUCCCUCUUGGCCGUCUGGGUGUGCCCAAGGAUCUAGCUGGCCCGGCAGUAUUCCUAGCCUGCGAGCAGCUGAGCGGCUAUGUGACCGGUGCCCAGCUUCUAGUUGAUGGAGGGAUGUUUGUGAAUCUCCAAUAA